CUGAACACACCCUAAGUGACAUUGACGUUUGACAUUGCCAUAUCCGGCCUUUUAGAAUUUCUCAGCUCCUUUUGCAAUCAUGGCGGUGACCAACAUUUCCAAAAAGCGAAAAUUCGUUGGAGACGGAGUUUUCAAGGCGGAACUUAACGAGUUCCUGACCAGGGAGCUAGCUGAAGAUGGUUACUCCGGUGUGGAGGUGCGCGUCACUCCAACGCGUUCAGAGAUCAUUAUUAUGGCCACAAGGACCCAGAGUGUUUUGGGAGAGAAGGGCCGUAGGAUUCGUGAACUGACCUCAGUGGUGCAAAAAAGGUUCAACAUUCCUGAACAGUCGGUGGAAUUAUAUGCCGAGAAGGUCGCUACUCGCGGUCUCUGUGCUAUUGCACAAGCUGAAUCAUUGAGAUACAAGCUUAUUGGAGGUCUCGCCGUCCGUCGCGCGUGUUACGGUGUCCUCCGUUUCAUCAUGGAAUCUGGUGCUCGCGGCUGUGAAGUGGUUGUGUCCGGAAAGCUCCGCGGUCAGCGUGCCAAGUCGAUGAAGUUCGUUGACGGCCUCAUGAUCCACUCUGGUGACCCCUGCAAUGACUACGUGAACACAGCCACCAGGCAUGUACUGCUUCGGCAAGGAGUGCUUGGUAUUAAGGUAAAGAUCAUGCUGCCGUGGGACCAACAAGGCAAGAAUGGGCCGAAGAAGCCGCAGCCCGACCACAUCCUGGUCACGGAGCCCAAGGACGAGCCCGUGCCGCUCGAGCCCACCAGCGACGUCCGCUCCCUGGCGCCCGCACCGCUGCCGCAGCCCGUGCCCGCUGUCGCUUAACUAUAAGCUAAUUAAUAAAUAAUUACUUCAA